AUGCCUGCAGAGCGUCAAAAACUACCAGAAGGAUUUGUGGAGGUCACUGGCUCACCUUCACAUAUUCUCUGCCAGAUUUGCACCAAGUCAGCCACACGGAAUGCCACUGCAAAGGCUGCUGCUAUGGCAACCAAGAGUGCAAUAGAUAACCCUGGGAGGGGUUCAUCGUCUAACACUGCGCCAAUUACUCUCCCUGCGAUCAGCAGAUAUACGGGGUCUGUGGAUGAUACUCACCGGCCUGGUAAUCAAAGCCUGUCUUUGAUGGAAAAUACAUUUGAAGAUGUGCAGAUGCACGGGACGGAAUAUUUGGACCAUGAUGGCAAUGAAAUGCAGUUCUCGGCUGGCAAUGUUCUCGACAGGAUUGCUGAUGCUCGCCACGACCUUCAUGAGCAAAUCGAAAGCAUUGGACUGCUCGAAGACCAUACAAUAUUUGGCCAGAUGUCGACGUCCAUCACUGACAUGGAUGUUCUUGAUGAAGAUGACACCAAUGUGACAGCUUUGGAAACUGCCUUUCAGCUGCUCGGAAUUGAUGACUUGGAAGAGGGGGAGGAAGAUCCUUUUGUGCCAGAGGAAGACAUGGAGGCAUCGAGCAAUGAUGAAUGGAAACCGCAUGGCUCGAAGACAAUGUUCAUGGUUGAUUUGCUUGACAACCUACCACGCUUGCGGCUAUCGGACGAUCAGCUCAAGGCUAUCCUUUGGGUGAUGCGUGAAUGCGGUGCCCCGGACGUACCCAGUUUCAGUUGCUUGCGCAGAAAGCAGGAGAAAAUGUUCCGUGAUAUGUGCCUCGCACCUGAGCAUCAUACAUCAUCUUUGGGAAACCAUUUCUUUGUUAACCAUCCGGCAAAAUUAUUAGCAUUGCGGAAAUCCCAAGAGAACGAGCUAGCGUUCUCGGGUAUGUUAUUGGUACUUAAAUACUAA